CGAGAGUUAGAAUUUAUCUAAUCAGGAACGCCAAGUCGGAAUGAAUGAUCGCGAGCCAUUGAAACAAAUGUUGCCCCAAGAGCCCGUGAAUGGGGAAUCGCCACCACGAGCUCGUAAGAAAAGGAUCCCGAAAGCGUGCGGCUCUUGUCGUCAAAGCAAAGUUAAAUGCGACGGCCUGCGACCAUGUUCUCGCUGCCGCCAGCUUCAGAAGACAUGCACCUUUGUGGAGAAGCCUAAAGAUAGUCAUGAAAUGAAAAUUGAAGCUCUCGAGAAAGAGGUCGAAUUUCUACGGGCGCGUCUACCAUUACACACUGCAUCCGUCUCGGAAUGGUCACACCCGUCAGAGAUGGAAGAACCGUCACCCUCCGGCCAGUUAUUGGAAAAUGAGGGACCUGUCCCGGACGGUAUCUUCAGUGACUUCAGCAACACGACGAGCAUAAGAUACCCAGAGGCGCCAGGCAUCUCCUUCCAACUUGCGGCGACCAGCGCGGGCUCUCCAUCAACUACUUCGCUCCUCACGAGAUCCCAAAAACGAAAUAGAUCCUGCUUCGAGGCCGAAACCCCAACGACCGACUUGUUGACUGCAGGUGGGCUCGGCACCCAGGAUUCAGAGCUAUUCUUCAACACCUUCUUCUCCGGCUGUGACCGCUACGUUCCUGUAUUCGACACACGAUAUGAUACGAUGCAAGACAUCCGAAGCAGAAGUGAAUUAUUAUUUGCCACACUCUGUUCCGUGGGUUGCCGCGUACUGAAUGGAACCGACUCCCGCUGGCGUACACUCAACUUCCACAGUCAACGCAUGCUAAACGCCGCCAUCGCCAACCCAGCAAUGGGGUCUCUGGAAACCGUGCAGGCACUCCUUGUUCAAGCCUGCUAUGCUUCCGAAAGAUCACUCCUCAUAUCCAUUGCCAUCCGUAUGGCGAUGGACCUUGGGUUUCCUGAGGCUUACGACACGCUUACCGCGCAGUUUGUAUCGAGGGAUAGACGACGCAACGACGGGGAUGAAGCGGUUUCCGAACAGGAUGGCAUGCUAAUGCGCAAGGCCCGUGUCUGGCUACACCUUCUAGUUAUGAGCCACCUCCUACAAGUCGACGCUGGGGGACUGCCGACUUUCAAAUUCCGAGGUGCCUCGCGCCGAUGCAGGAUUCUUCUCCAGAGCCCACUGUCUACUGGGAUGGAUCACUACUUAUUCGCCCAAGUAGAGCUCAACGUUUUGCGAGCCAAGAUAUACAUGUCGUUGUAUCAAUGCACCAGUCUUGAGGACCAAGAGAUCAUAGACUUGGUGAGAGACGCCAAGAUUGACAUUGACGUGUGGUACAACGACUGGAUGCUCAUCUCGGAAAAACACCACAAGGACAUGCCCUGGUUUGCUCCGAACCUAUCGGUGCAACGGUAUUGGGCAGAGAGCAUGGCUCUGUGCGGCGCGGUGCGGGCUUCAGGUGUGGAAAACGUAAACGCCAUGUCGAUGACGCAGAAAAACAUCCUGUUGAUGACCAAGGACUCGCUGAAGCAGCAUCUGGAUACCAUCGUUCAAGAGCCGCGGCUAUAUCUCAACAGCCUACGCUACGCCAUGGAUUUUGUUUGGGCUAAAAACACAUUCUGCUGCUUACUUCUCCUCAAACUAUCGGUCUUGCUCCCUGACGGGGACGAACAGCGAUCGAGGGACUUCAGUCACGAGCUCGCGGAGAAAGGAAGCAUUCUGCUGAGCGAGCUGGGGAAUGUUGUUGCUGGAGGCCCAAAGGACGAUACUCGAUCCAACACAAGCCUACUGUACCUUCAGCUUCUGAAGCUGAGCAUCCAGAAAUACAAACAUGGGCUGGAUCCGUCUUCAGAGGAUUACCAGGAGAGCUCAUCACGUCCUCCGGAGUCCAAUUUAGCCCAAAAGACUCCAGGUAGACCGGAUGCAGGGGUGCACACUGAGUUGGAGUCGUUUGUUCCAGAACAAUUUGUCUUUGAGUGGGAUUUCCCGGGCCUCACGUUGUUUUCGUCUCCCACAACUGAGGCAGGUUGGUUUGACGAUUUUUUGGCGGGGACUCUGGGGCCUGGCGAUGAUGUCUAUGGUAUUAAUUGGGCGUCUAUGGACUUUUCUCUUUAGAAUUACGGGUGAGAGAGUGAUUCUUAUAGUGGCUCGAUAUUUAUCUACUAUAUUUGACUCUUCGACCCACUCACUACGCAACCCUGGAAGUGGUUGCUUGGUUGCUGCAAGACCUGGCAAUGGUUAGUUGGCGCAAUCAGCAUGCAUGUAACUACCCACUAAAUAAUUUACCUUGGACUGAGG